AGCAUGAAGAUAUUCUUCCGAUACCAGAGGACGCUCCAUCUCAUCUGGCUCGCCAAACCAGCUGGCCGGCACUUCCACAAAGGUCGCCAUCUUUGGGCACCUCUGACUCUUGCUGACUUGGAAGCCAUCAAUCUCUGUGAGAGGGCCUUGCCUAAGAACUUUAAUUUCGCUGGGGACGUGUUGGACCAGUGGUCUGAGAAGGAGAAGACAGGAGAGAGACCAGCCAACCCAGCACUGUGGUGGGUGAAUGGCAAAGGGGAUGAGGUCAAGUGGAGCUUUCAAGAACUGGGCUCCUUGUCCCGAAAGGCUGCCAAUGUGUUCACCAAGCCCUGUGGCCUGAAGAGAGGAGACCGAGUGGCUGUGAUUCUGCCCCGAAUCCCAGAAUGGUGGCUCAUCAACGUGGCCUGUAUUCGAACAGGGCUUGUCUUCAUGCCGGGAACAAUCCAGCUGAGGGCAAAAGACAUCCUCUACCGGCUGCAAGCGUCCAAGGCUAAGUGCAUCGUGAUUAGUGAGGAGCUGUUGCCGGCAGUGGAGUCCAUUGUGUCAGAGUGUCCUCACUUGAAGACCAAGCUCUUGGUAUCUCCACACAGCAGGGACGGGUGGCUCAGCUUCCAGGAGUUAUUCCAAACGGCUUCUGAAGAACACAGCUGUGUGGAGACCGGAAGUCAGGAACCAAUGGCCAUUUAUUUCACCAGUGGGACUACCGGCACUCCCAAGAUGGCCCAGCAUUCUCAGAGCAGCCUCGGCAUUGGAUACACCCUCUGUGGAAAGUACUGGUUAGAUCUGACUCCCUCAGAUACCAUCUGGAACAUGUCUGACACUGGCUGGAUCAAGGCGGCCAUCGGCAGUAUGUUUUCUUCCUGGCUUCAGGGAGCCUGUGUCUUUGUGCAUCGCAUGGCCCAGUUUGACACUGACACCUUCCUGGAUACACUCACCACCUAUCCCAUCACAACCCUGUGCAGCGCUCCCACUGUGUACCGGAUGCUCGUGCAAAAAGACCUCAACAGAUACAAAUUCAAGAAGCUGAGGCACUGCCUGACCGGAGGGGAGCCGCUCAAUGCAGAGGUGUUGGAACAGUGGAAGACAAAAACCGGGCUGGAGCUUUAUGAGGGUUAUGGACAGACAGAAGUGGGAAUCAUUUGUGCCAAUCAAAAAGGCCAAGAAAUUAAACCAGGCUCAAUGGGGAAAGGAGUACAGCCUUAUGAUGUCCAGAUUAUAGAUGACAACGGUAACAUCCUACCAAGUGGCAAGGAGGGGGAAAUUGCCCUCAGGCUAAAUUCUACUCGGCCUUUCUGUUUCUUCUCUGAAUAUGUGGAUAAUCCAGAGAAAACUGCUGCCACAAUAAGAAAGAAUUUCUAUGUCACCGGAGACAGAGGAGUGAUGGACAGUGAUGGGUAUCUAUGGUUUGUUGGCAGAGCCGAUGAUGUCAUCAUAUCCUCUGGGUACCGGAUUGGCCCGUUUGAAGUGGAAAGUGCACUGAUUGAGCACCCAGCUGUUAUUGAAUCAGCUGUUGUCAGCAGUCCAGAUCCCAUCAGAGGAGAGGUAGUAAAAGCUUUUGUUGUCUUAUCUGCACCCUUUAAAUCAUCUAACCCAGAAAAAUUAACGCUUGAACUUCAGGAUCAUGUAAAAAAGUCAACAGCACCUUACAAAUAUCCAAGAAAGGUGGAAUUUGUUCAAGAGCUCCCGAAGACAGUCACUGGGAAAAUCAAACGCAAUGUUUUAAGAGACCAUGAAUGGGGACGAGCAUAGUCUGUCAAGGAAAAAAAAAAAAAAAAAAGCCCACUAAGGAAGUAGUAACACUUUUAGUUCUUGCUUCUUGAUAAUUCACUUACUACUGCGAAAAAUAUUUCCUGAUUUCAAGUUUUUGCUUUGCACUUAAC